ACCGGAGCUUCGGUUGGUAGGACGUUAACAGUAUUUACUAAGCUGUAUUGUUCCAAAAGUAAUUGUCAUGGCUUCGGAGCGUUACAGUUUCUCGUUAACAACUUUCAGCCCUUCGGGGAAGCUGGUGCAGAUAGAAUAUGCCUUGGCUGCGGUCGCAGCUGGUGCGGCCAGCGUGGGUAUCAGAGCAUCCAACGGUAUCGUGCUGGCCACCGAAAACAAGCAUAAAUCCAUACUGUACGACGAACACAGCGUGAACAAAGUAGAGAUGAUUACAAAACACAUCGGGAUGACUUAUAGCGGAAUGGGACCAGACUAUAGACUUUUAGUCAAACAAGCGCGUAAAAUGGCUCAGCAGUAUCUUCUUGUUUAUCAAGAACCUAUACCCACUGCCCAGUUGGUGCAGCGAGUUGCUAUUCUUAUGCAAGAAUAUACACAGUCCGGAGGAGUCAGGCCGUUCGGAGUAUCUUUAUUAAUUUGUGGCUGGGACAAUGGCAAACCGUAUCUGUGCCAAUGCGAUCCCUCCGGUGCUUAUUUCCCAUGGAAAGCCACCGCCAUGGGAAAGAACUUCGUGAACGGCAAAACUUUCCUCGAGAAAAGGUACAGCGACUCUCUGGAAUUGGACGACGCCGUUCACACCGCUAUUUUAACCCUGAAGGAGAGUUUCGAGGGUCAGAUGACCGCGGAUAAUAUAGAAGUUGGUAUCUGCGAUGCGAACGGUUUCAGGAGAUUAGACCCCUCCAGCGUCAAGGAUUACCUCGCCAAUAUCCCUUAAUUGUAAACUAUUUUUAUGUAUCUCUUUAACGAAUCUUUGCACAUUUCAAAACGGUAAAACUAGAUUCUUAUAAUAAAACUUUUCGUUGAAAAUAAACCUGCAGUUCGCUUCC